GGCCCACCCAGACGUGAGUCGUGCCCACCCAAUCAAAAUGUCGGUGUUCUGUUAUGCAUAAAAUAUUGAUGGGUUUUGUGAUUGAAUACCUGAGUUUUAUUGCUUUUAUUACGUCUUAUUAGCAUCAUCUAGUGGAUGCCUUAAUUUACUGCAUCUCACGCGCACUUUAUUUGAAAGAAACUGCAACGCGGAAGUGACGUUGUUCAGUAGAGACUCACACGACGAUGGGCGCAGUCAGUUCGCGCCAUCUCUGACCAUUUUGCCUUGAAUUUGAGGUUGCAUCGCCGGUAUGUAUUGUUUAAAUGUGUUUAAAAACGAAAAUAUGUGAACUGUGUGUACUUCAGUGCAAAAAAAAAAAGUGAGACAGAUUCACUUGGCAUGUAACUUGUGAUAUGCUAAUUACCAGUGUUGUUAAUAACGGCGUUAGAAUACAACGGCGUUACUAACGGCGUUGUUUUUUCAGUAACGAGUAAUCUAAUUAAUUACUUUUCUCAUCUUGGCAACGCCGUUACCGUUACUGAGGCGGGAAAGGCGUGGGUUACUAUGCGUUACUAAGUUGAUUGAACAAUAAAAGUAUGAGAGAAACGGACUCACGGAGACGAGAGAGCACAGCAGGAGUGGGGAAGACGCCGUUGCAACCGCGAUGCUACCUGACUGUAGCCAUAGCCGACAAACUACGCCCACAUGACACGGUAGAUAUCACAUUAUAGAACUAGAUGCAAAUGGUAGACACAGCUGCAUUGGCAACAUGUUUUAAAGACUACAUGCGUUAGUAAACAGCCGCCAUCUUAAAGCAGUAAACCUCUCAGGAAGGCUCUAAUGUAGAGAUCCUUCCUAGCGCACCUAAGUAACUUUUUUUUUUUUUUUUUUUUUAAAUCUAAAAUGCUUCUAAAUCGGCAAAAUCUUAACUUAAAUCUAUCUUUAAAUGAUGAAACGGUUUUUAAACUUUUAUGUUUAAAGUAGACAGAAGGGAACUAAUGCAAUAACGGGAGCAAUUUUAACAACUUUAACGGUUGAUUCACAACUUUAAAUGACUUCCACACAUGGCAAAGGUUACUAUCUAGUUAUCGCAAUACCCUUGUGUCUAGUUAAGUGGAGGGUAAAGAAUUGGGCUAGGGCCAAUUGUCCCCCAAACCCAUUAAAAUUCACAUUGCGUGAUAUGUUUUUUUUUCUCAAUAAAAAAAAAAAUAAAAAAAUAUAUCACUAGUUACUUUGCCAAGUAACUAAUUACUCUUACAUUCAGGUAACUGAGUUACUAACGCAAUUACUUUUUGGGAGAAGUAAUUUGUAACUGUAAUUAAUUACUUUUUUAAAGUAAAAUUAACAACACUGCUAAUUACCCACGAGUUAGAGGGUCGGCAAAAUGGCGUCUUGGGCGCUCUGCCAAUGGUUUAUUCAUAUUUUCAUAUGCAGUUUGCUACAGAUAGGGCAGUACAUAUGCGAUUUAAUAUACUGUGCAUAUUUUGAUUGUGUUGUUUUGUCUGUUUUCUUUAGUUUCACCCUUUUGAGUGUUAAUAAACCUGCUUAGACAAAGCCACGUCUGCAGAGUCGUUGAUACGAGAAAGGUGUUCAUAGCCACGACUAUCGUGACGGCACAGUCGGGAAUAUCUAUUGUAGCGUCGCACUGGAUAUAGAGAACGCACGGAGAGGUGGUGUCACCUACUUUUUUAUUGCAGGAUUAACGGUUACUGUUGGCCGCACCCAGGCCGAACAAGCAAUCACCAAAACAAGCUGUUUUUCCAACCUCAUUUGUUAUCCACGGGCUUCCGCUCUCUCCUCCAGACACAUUCUCGCAGUCGGACAUCCGGGCAUUUUUGACGUCACCAGCCACAACAAAGCGUCGCCAUAUUGAAAUGGGGGCAAAACACGAGUCACAAGCAGUUGCUCUGUCGUGCAUUGUAGUACAAACACGUUGAACUUUUGUCUUAUUUGCGGUCUUUUUUUCCGUCGGAAUGACUAAAAGUUGCCGUGUUGCGGGUUGUAACACAAGGAAGACUUCGGAGCCGCAUUUGAAGUUCUUCAUUCUUCCUCGUGAGAAGAAAAGGACUAGCAAAUGGCUGAAAGCAAUCAAUCGAGGAACAGUAAAAGAAGACGGUUCCGUGGACCAUUCUCGCCAGUGGGAACCUAAAUCCAGGCACAUUUACGUUUGCAGCCGACAUUUUAUUACUGCCCAUGGGAUCAGAGCCGAUGGAGAUGCGAAAGAGGCAGAUGUCGGUGCAGCAGGAAUCGGCAGCGGGGGGGACUGCACCGGCCCACCAGGGCCAGCUGGGCCAGGCCAACCAGCGGGGAUCCAACGCCUGUUGCUUCUGCUGGUGCUGCUGUUGUAGCUGUUCCUGGAACGAAGACGGAGACGAAAGGAAUCGGAAGGCAUCGUACGACGUCAAGGAAGGGACCUCCGACUGUGAAGACUGCCCCAAACCCACGUUGGAGGAGGUGCGCUCGUGGGGCCAAUCCUUCGACAAGCUUAUGAGCUGCCCGGCUGGACGCAAUUCCUUCCGCCAGUUCCUGCGCACCGAAUUCAGCGAGGAGAACAUGCUCUUCUGGCUCGCCUGCCAGGAAUUCGCCAAGGAGAGCAACAAGGGCUCCGUGGAGGAAAAGGCCCGCGUCAUCUACGAGGACUACAUCUCCAUCCUCUCGCCAAAAGAGGUGAGUCUGGACUCCAGGGUGCGGGAGUCCAUCAACCGGAACAUGCAGGAGCCUACGUCACACACGUUUGACGACGCCCAGCUGCAGAUUUACACUUUAAUGCAAAGAGACUCGUACCCACGCUACAUGAACUCUCCUGCCUACAAAAACCUGCUCAACGCUCUGUCCGAGCAGUCGCCCGAAUCUUAAACAAAAAAGAAAAUCAAGACCUGUGAUCCACUUCGACUUUUUUUUUCUUUUUUAAUUUUCUCCAACUCUGUUGUGUCCAGUGCAGAAUUGAUGCCGACCAAGCGGGCACCCGCAAAAACUCUGGGAAUUCUCAGCAGCACUCAGGUCUCAGCAUCUCGCGAGGGCUCCACAUCAAAAGUAAUGCUAACACUCCAACAUAGCAACACAACACUCCAAAGGAACUUCUCAUACUUUUACUCCUUGCUGUUUUCAUGAAAAAAAAAAAAAUCUAUUUUAGUUGACAUUUUUAAAAAAUGGUUUUCUCAUGGGACAGGGAGGGGUAAAUGAUUCCUACUUUAGACGACAUAUAUAUAUAUAUUUAUGAGUUUGUAAAUAGUAGAAAUGGAAUUGUGGGUAUUUGACGUGGAGAUAUUUAACUGCGUGACGAGAAUCAAAGUUCAAAGGCAAAGGGGACACGCCAGCUGGACUUUGCAGGCAGCUUUGUGGGGGGUGUGCAGCAGCCUUUGACCUUGGUUUCAUCUUGUGUUUUUUUAUUUGUAUUUUUUCAAAGAACCUAAACUCUUGGGUACGUGUGACUUGGCAACUCCUUUUGUUAAGACUUUUUUUUUAUCUUUGUAACCUCUUUUAACAUAUUCAAAAUAUAUUCCGUUUGGUUGUUGGGAACAAAUCACAUUUAUUGCACUAUUAUUAUUAUUGCUGAAACAUCUCAGACAAGUCCCAAGUCCAGCCAGACCCAACGCUGUCACCAGAGGGCAGUGUAUCCACCAUCAUUAAACAAAAUACUGGACUUUUUGGAUAGUUACCGUAUUGGCCCGAAUAUAAGACGACGGUGUUUAUUGCAUUUGAUUUGAAUGAGGCAAAAUAACAUGCUUUUUCUCUCAAAUAUAUUGUUAUAAUCAUUUUUUUUCGGAUGUACUGUAAUUAUUUUCUGUAUGAAAAUUAAUUUGGUGUUCAAAAAGUCUUUUUUCCAACUUGAGUCUUGAAAAAGAGGGAGUCGUCUUAUAAUCAGGGCCGUCUUAUGUUCGGGCCAAUACGGUAUUUUGGGGUACUUAAAGGGUUAAUUCCGAUUUACACGGAAAUUCGGUUUAAGAACCGAAUCACAACCCCCCACCCCCAAAUCGCAAUGAUAGGGUUUUUCCAAUAUCGUCAGGCCUACUUAUACAAUUUGAGAUGUUUUUAAAUGUCUUUGGGUUGAGGUUAGGAACUGUGUUAGGGAUAGGACACUUAAUGACAUCUGUCAUAAGCAAUAAUUAAGGUUCAUGACAGUGUCUUCUCAUAAUUAUGACGUCUUAUGACACCGAGUUCAAAUAAAGCAAGGGCAUAGGUUUUGUCUCAACAUUGGUAGGGACGAUAUACAACCCUAAGCAAAAAGCAUGGAAGCACCAGUCUCGCACGAGCACUCACUCAGACAUUUUAUCGUGUAGAACAAACUCAGUUAAAAAGCUUGAAAAAAAAUAAUGAAUUAGUUCAAAAGUGCAACUCUUUAGCAUUCAGAAACACUUGUCCAAUGCAGAUUCUUGACUCUUGACACGGUGAUGAUGCUGGAACUUUUGUUUGGUGCUGUUCCAGUGAGAUUUACAAAGAUGACUGCCUGAAGAAAUCAUCAAAAUUCCCCAAGUCCUUGAUCAUAUGUCAUUUUUUGACUUUGUAUGUCAGGCAAAGCCACUGGUGGGAUGGCUGUGAUUAAAUCUUCAAUGCACAAGCUUACAUUGAAAUUUUACACAGCUUUCUUAUCCCUUCAAUUGAAAAUGUCAUUUUCCAAGAUGACAAUGCAUCAUGCCACAGAGCUAAAACUGUUAAAGCAUUCCUUGGAGAAAGACUCAUCCAGUCAAUGUCAUGGCCUGCAAAUAGCCCAGAUCUCAACCCUAUUGAAAAUAUGUGGUGGAAAUUGG